AUGGAGGCAGCCACAGCUCCAGACGCGGCCUUAGGACCCACACUGAAGGUGAAAGAAGUCAGCCCAGCAGAUGCUGACGGACCUCAGGCUUCACCCCGGCGGGGGGCCGGCAGCCCCCUUCCCCAGCUCCUGCCCCCCAUAGAAGAGCACCCCAAGAUCUGGCUACCUCGGGCCCUGAGGCAGACCUACAUCAGGAAGGUUGGAGACACUGUGAACCUUCUAAUCCCAUUCCAGGGUAAACCCAAACCUCAAGCCAUCUGGACGCGUGAUGGCUGUGCCUUGGACACCAGUCAUGUGAGUGUGCGGAAUGGGGAGCGGGACUCUAUCCUCUUCAUCAGAGAGGCGCAGCGUGCGGACUCGGGUCGUUACCAGCUCAGCGUGCGGCUGGGCGGGCUGGAGGCCACCGCCACCAUUGACAUCCUGGUGAUUGAGAGGCCGGGCCCUCCUCAGAGCAUCAAAUUGGUGGAUGUCUGGGGCUCCAGCGCUACCCUGGAGUGGACUCCUCCCCAAGACAUGGGCAAUGCGGCCCUCCUGGGAUACACGGUGCAGAAGGCUGACACCAAGUCUGGGCUGUGGUUCAGUGUGCUGGAGCACUAUCACCGCACCAGCUGCACGGUCUCCAACCUCAUCGUCGGCAACUCCUACGCAUUUCGAGUCUUUGCUGAGAACCAGUGUGGGCUCAGCGAGAACGCCCCCGUCACUGCCGACCUGGCCCACAUCCAGAAAGCAGCUACUGUUUACAAGACCGAGGGCUUUGCCCAGCGAGAUUUCUCUGAAGCCCCGAAGUUCACCCAGCCCCUGGCGGACUGCACGACAGUCAUUGGCUACGACACCCAGCUCUUCUGCUGCGUCCGUGCCUCCCCCAAGCCGAAGAUCAUCUGGCUGAAGAACAAGAUGGAUAUCCAGGGCAACCCCAAGUACAGAGCCCUUACUCACCUGGGAAUCUGCUCCCUGGAAAUCCGCAAGCCUGGCCCCUUUGAUGGAGGCAUCUACACCUGCAAGGCGGUUAACCCCCUGGGGGAGGCGUCCGUGGACUGUCGGGUGGAUGUGAAAGGAAGCCUGUGGCGAGACUGUGUUCUUAAGAAGCUCCAGCACAGUGUCUGUUUGGACUAA